GAAUCAAUCUUCACUCUAGUCCCAAAAAAAAAAGGUACAGGCAGUACUCAGGCGCUUGGCAGCGAGGAGAUGUAUGACGAUUGUGGCAGUUACGCAUAUACUGGCUACUGUACCGAAAGCGGACACGGCAUUUGUCUUUGGUGUAAGCCCGAGCAGAUAUGGGUUCAGGUCGUGGAGCUGGGAAGUCAUCAGGAAUUGCUACGGGAUAACGAGAUGUGUUGGCAUACGUGUCAGGACAAUGCCCUCGAUCGAUAAUUGUAUACUACGUGAUGUCUCUCCGUAUAGGUGUCAGUGUGUUCAGAGAAUCUGUCUAUUAGAUGUUGCUUCAUCAU